AUGUCUACUGGUGCCAUAGAUAAGGAGCAAGAGUUCGUUCACGACGUUUAUGAGCAAAUAGCGUCUCAUUUUUCGGACACCCGCUACAAACCAUGGCCAGUUGUUGAAACAUUUUUGAAAUCUUUACCCCCUGGUUCGAUUGGUCUUGACGUCGGCUGUGGUAACGGCAAGUACCUCAGCGUGAACAAAUCUGUUGUCAUUCUUGGCUCUGACCGGUCUUCCAACCUUGUUGAUAUUGCGUUUAAUAAACAUGUCAAUACUUCUUCUGGUAUAGAUGUGAUGGUGGCAGAUGGCCUUUCAUUGCCGUUUCCUCACGAUUCUUUUGACUUUGCUAUAUCCAUUGCCGUCAUACAUCACUUUAGCACUCCAGAACGCCGCAUAGAAGCUGUACGCGAGAUCCUGCUUCGACUUAAACCAGAAUCACAUUCAAAAGCGCUUAUUCAUGUUUGGGCUCUUGAACAAGAGUCAUCGCGUCGUGGAUAUCAUGAAGGAAUGGAUCAGGACGUUAUGGUACCUUGGGUCACUAAGCAAGCUCAGAAAAAGAAGAAAAAUACCAAAACCGUCGAAUCAGAAAACCUUAACGAAAAAAUAGGAAGUGAACCUCAAGAAGUUGUCAGACACAGGUAUUACCAUUUAUAUAAAAAGGGAGAGCUGGAAAAAGAUGUCGAUUUGGCUGGCGGAAAAGUCAUAGAGUCAGGCUACUCGCGCGACAAUUGGUAUGCUAUAAUUUCUAGAGAUGUGCUAUAA